UUCUGUCUCUGUUAUACUGUUCAAUUAUGCAGAUAGUGUUAGAUUUUGGAGGCAAAUAAACGUAGAUAUAUAGAUUUGUAUUUCACGAUGAUUCAAAGUUCUGAUUUUGCCUCAUUGGAUAAUACUAUUUCACCAACCGUACAAUCAUCAUUGACAGUUCCACCGCAAUCCAUCGUUCUGCAACCACAAAUGCAACCAGCUUCCUGUGCAAAUCCAAGAGAAAAAUACAAAAAUGUUUUAUUCAACCUAGGAAUUACUGAAGUCAUCUUGGGGUCGUUGUCUGUCAUUUUAUGUAUUGCAACAUUGGUAAUUGCUCGAACUAAAACAACAUAUCGGGAUUAUGACUUUGAUGACGAGCGUUCAUAUUAUUGGAGAAUCCGUUAUGACCUGAAUGAUCUCGGACAAGGAAUAUGGUGUGGAGCUGCUAUAAUAGCACCUGGUGUACUCGGAAUAAAAGCUCGAAAGCAUUCAUCCGUUUGCAUGUACGUUGCUAAUAUGGUUGUUGCCAUUGUUGCUUCUUUUUUUAUGGCAACUUUAUGUAUAAUAUCUAGUAUUUGUGCUGGAAUUGUGGAACCUAAAGAAUUUGCUGUUGGUUAUAUUGUUUUACACAGCAUUAUAGCAGUGAUUGGAUUUAUAGGAAUGGUAAUAUGUAUUGUACAUUCAUCAUUCUGUUGUGCUGGUGUUUGUUGCAUAAAGAAACCUUACCAAGGUGUUGUGAUGUACACUUCACAGCCAGCGUAUUCCCAGCCACAAAUGGUUCAACUUGCAAAUGGUCAGUAUAUGAUGGUUUCAGUCAAUGUUCCCCAGAACUACCCAGCACUGCAGAUGCCUGGACCUUCUUAUUAUAAUGCUAACCAAAUGCCUCAACAAACUGAAGGGGUUUCGCUCUACCCACCGACCCAACCAAUGACAAAAGAGCAAGAGGCACAGCUUAACCCACCAGAAUACACUGCUCAUUCGUCGCAAAAUCCUCCAUUGCUAAAUUGACAGGUUGUGGUGUAAAUAUUACUUUUUCGAAUCCAACACAUAUCACACAAUUAUAAUCAUGAACUACGGUAUUUAUUCAAUCAUUCAUGUUUAUAUUUUGUUCCAUUUCAAAGUAAAAUAUUUAUAAUAUAUUUGUUUCUUAUUUUUGUUUAUUGAGCAUGAGCACCAAUCUUAGCUAUAUAGCAACCUGAGGUGUACUCUGUUCUGACUGUCCAAGAGUCUAUAAUAGUGGUUCCCAAGCAGCGGGCCAAUUACAGUCUGUGAAAGAUUUAAUAUGGCCUGCCGAACUUGAGUGAAAUAACUGUAACAAUUACGUUUUUUUCUGCAAUCUGGAUAGCUCCGAUUGUUAAUAAAGCAUGUGUAUAUUCGUAACACUUUAAUAUCGGCACGUUGCACACUCCUUUUUUCUUCAACAAUUCAAAUAUACCGGUAUCCUAAUUGUAUGUACCGGUAUCAGCCCCUUGCGGGCGCUCCGCUCAAAUUCUGGCUAAUCUAAUUUUACUUCUGGGACCACUGUGCUAAACAAUACAAUCUGAACAAUCCGACCUUGAAAAUCUCUCUUUGCCUGCUAAUUAUACCUUUCAUUUACGGUAUAUGAUAAAUGGUAAGAACUACAAGCACAAUAAGAUCCAUUGAUAAACAAUGACAAAGAAUUUUUAAUUGUUACCACAACAAACUCGGGCGAGAAUUUUUGGACACCCUGUAUAGUAGACAUGGGCAAAGUACGGCCCGCGGGCCAAAUAUGGCCCACUGGGUAAUUCAAUCU